AAGCAUACACAAGCGCCUUAUUCUAUUUCUUUAUAAUUAAUACCAGCUUUGGAGAAUUUGCCACUAAAAUUUAGAGACAAUGGCCGACGUCGCAACUGUCCCAGCUCCCGCCCCGGUUGAGAAAACCUUCCGUGCCUACACAAAGGAGCAAGGCGCUACUUACGCCAAAGGCAGGCUGGGCUACGACCAAAGAAUCUACAACUACAUUUACGACCACCACGUCUCAACAGGCGGCCAAACAGACUCCCUUCUCGACAUCGGCUGCGGCCCCGGCACCGUCGCCCGUGAGCUCAGCCCGCGCUUUACACGGACCAUCGCCCUGGACCCGAGCGUGGGCAUGAUCGACGCUGCCCGAGCCCUGGGCGGGGCCACGUCGGCGCCGGAGCCGAUCCGCUUCGAGGUCUCCACCGCGGAGGAGCUCGGGUCCAAUCUGUCCCCGCCCGUCGCCGACGCCAGCGUCGACCUCAUCACGGCCGCUACCGCGGCGCACUGGUUCGACAUGCCCGGCUUCUGGGCUGCCGCCGCCCGCGUGCUCAAGCCGGGCGGUUCUGUCGCCAUCUGGACGAGCAGCUCAAAGUACAUUCACCCAUCCAUGCCCAACGCCACGAGCAUGCAGCAGAUCCUACAAGAUUUCCGUGACGAGUAUAUCCAGCCGUAUAUGACGCCGGGUAACCUCAUAGCGGAGAAGAUGUACGAGACGCUACCGAUGCCGUGGGACCUCGAAACGCCGGUGGCGGAAUUCGAAGAGAGCGCCUUCCUGCGCAAAGACUGGAAUAAGGACGGCACAGUCGGACCGGACGGGGAGUUCUUCUUGGGUCAGAAGCAGUUGAGUUUAGGUCACGUCGAGAGGCUCCUAGAGACGGUCAGCCCGGUGACGCGGUGGCGUGAGGCGCACCCCGAUGAUGUCGGAACGGAUCGUGAUGUAGUCAAGAUGGCCGUUGGGAAGCUCGCGAGUUUGCUCCACGAGGCAGGGAUGGAGCCAGGGAAAGAAAUCAUCACCACUGGCGUUACAGGGGCUCUAAUUAUGGUCAAAAAGAAGGAAUAAAGCGGGCGUGAGGAGGCGCGUAGAGGGUCCAGUCUCAUCCAAGUCCGAGGUUCUGGGCCCGUCUGCGGGGAAUAUGAAUUAUUGGUCAAAUCGCGAUGCGGCAAGCAGGCCAUUCAUCGUUUGCGCAGUUUACCCAAACCCCUGGAUCGGUGGAGCAAACGGGCUUGUUAUCUCGAAUGGGGGGCGAAACGUUUGGGUGGCAUUUGGUGAUGCUAAGUGUUUGCUUUAUUGUUUGUUUGCCGAAUGAUAGACAGCCGGCUCUUUGUUAAGUCAAACCCCCCACUUCCCGGCACCCCCCUGUUUCUGGCACCCAC